GCCCACCAAAAGAAAAUUCCCUUCUCAUUCAUUUCCACCGCUUGAUCAUCGAUUCAUCAACCCCCCACAACCCCACCAAUCACCACGAUGGGUUCCUAGGGAGCCCGACCGUCAACGUCUCUCGUAUACAAGGGUCCAAAACCAUACGGAACUGCUCGUAACACUGGAAUUUUCCGAGCGUUUUCCUGACGGUGAGAGAUUCACCUGGCUCACGUUAGCCUAUCCGUAUCAUGUCGGAUUGAAAUUGAGCGCAAUUGCGGAAUUUAAACUUAUGCUCAAAACCCUUCUCUACUUAAACCCUACUUUUUUCUUUUCUGGAAGACACUGCAGCAUUUUCUCGGGAAAAUGAACUGCAGCCGUAUAUCAGAACUGGUGUCCGGUGGUGGACGAGCGAACUCAUCGAGGGGCCCCGUAUUGCUAGUCAAUUUGGUGUAUCCUAGUAGAUCAGAGGGGGCUAAGCUUGGGUAACACUCAGCGGGGAAGGAAUUUUCAGACAUUGUUUUACUAGCUUCUCUGAGGAAGUUUGUGAAAGAUUUGAGAAAAUGGGUUUCUGUAGUAAACAGCCCAAAAGAGAUCAACCUUCAACCAAUUACAGAUAUAAGUCACUCAAGCAGGCAUCUUUUGAGUUUGUCCAUGAAGAUUAUGGCGGCACUCUCCCUGAUAAUGAUAAUAGAAGAGCUAAAGUAACGGAAUCCAAGUCUUGUGAGAUUCUGAGCACAACCGAGCUCAUCUCAGCAGUUGGCCAAAUAUGGGAUCGUGCAAGCCGUCCGCUUUCUAUUUUCCAACCCAAAGCAAAUUCAAAACACAAUGACACGGACAGUAAGAAAGAGAAGGUAUUAUGUUAUCUUGGUGGAGAAGGAUAUGUCAGGGUACCUACUUCAGCCAAUAGUAAAUACUUCUGCAUUGAUUUGAAGACUGCUAGCCUUUUUUCACCCAUGGUGCAGCCAAACAUUGAGCAUUUAAAUAUAACCCAAAAAAUGUCUUUGUUUGAACCUGGUAAUGGAAACAAUGCACAUUCUUUUUUCUUGAGAUGUCUGCGUGGUGGUGCGAACAUGCCUAAUGAGACUUGGAAGGAAAUGGGGCUUACAAAUGUAGGAAUCUCAUAUGAUUUGGGAAAUAUAUAUAGAUGGAUGAGUAAAAUAACUCUUGAUACACUAAGAUCUCCGGUUGAUAUUACCCAAAUUGAGAACAAGAAAAUUAAAGAAUGUUGCAUUUCAAAAGAUGCAACUAAUACUGCAGGUUGCGGAAUUAACAUUGAUGUCGCUAUCCCUGCAAAUCACCCGGCCACUGAAAGUGCUGACUGUUGUACUGAUGUUACAGAAGGUAAUGGGGCAAAUGAAAGGGUGAUGAAUACAGGGGUGUCUAUUAGCUCUUUGUGCACAGACUAUUUCCUUGGGGCUGACCAUGGUAUAGCAGCUGGUGGUAGUAUUUCUAGAACCCCAAGUUCUGAACUUCAUGCAGACUCUAAUUUCUUAUCAUCCACUGAUUUUGCUUUUGAAGAAUGCCAACACAAAACAGAGGGUGUUGAUCGACAGAAAGAGUUUGUCACUAAGGAUAAACUGAAAAUGGAAACUUGCCCAUCAAAACAGGAUAAACAUCAUUAUGCGCUUGCAAAACAAGAGCAUGCUUUUGCAGGAGCAUUCGCUGGAGUAUUUGUUAGCCUUUGCCUGCACCCUGUAGAUACAAUUAAGACUGUCAUUCAAUCUUGUCAGGCAGAUCAGAAGUCUAUCUUCUCUGUUGGAAGAUUAAUUAUUUCUCAAAGAGGUUUAGCAGGAUUUUAUCGUGGAAUUACUAGCAAUAUUGCUUCUUCAGCACCAAUUUCUGCAGUUUAUACCUUUACAUAUGAAUCGGUGAAAGGAGCUUUGCUUCCUCUUUUUCCCAAGGAAUGUCACUCUAUUGCACACUGCAUGGCAGGUGGUUGUGCAAGCAUUGCUACUUCUUUCAUUUUUACUCCCAGUGAGCAUAUAAAGCAACAGAUGCAAAUUGGUUCACACUAUCAAAACUGCUGGAAUGCUUUGGUUGGAAUUAUUAAAAAGGGCGGUUUGCCUUCACUAUAUGCGGGUUGGGGGGCUGUGCUCUGCCGAAAUGUUCCACACUCUAUCAUUAAGUUUUACACAUAUGAAAGCUUGAAGCAAUUGAUGUUGCCAUCACUGCAGCCUAAUGCCAAACCCAACACAUUACAGACGCUAGCUUGUGGAGGACUCGCUGGGUCUACUGCUGCUUUUUUUACUACUCCUUUUGAUGUGGUGAAGACAAGAUUACAGACACAGAUUCCUGGAUCCAUGAAACAAUAUAAUAGUGUGUUUCACACACUUCAAGAAAUAAGCAAGCAUGAAGGGUUGAGAGGUCUCUACAGGGGAUUAACUCCGAGAUUGAUAAUGUAUGUGUCACAAGGAGCGCUCUUUUUUGCAUCAUAUGAAUUUUUCAAGAGUUUAUUUUGUUUGGAGAUGCCAAAACUUCAUGCACAAACGAUCCCAAACGAGCAAUACAUGGAAGGUGAUUCAACAUCAUCAUUGCCAUCUGCACCAUCAUGACCAACUCUGAUCUUGCAUUCUUAGUCAUCUGAGAGCACGUAACUCUCAGACAGUUUAUUUGUGGUGGCAUGGCGGUAAAGAAGUGAAGAAACCCAAGUGUUACUAUCUUUUGAAGCUUCUGGGAAACCAUUUAAGGGAAAUGGAUGCACAAACUUAUUUGGAAAAGCCUGAGACAAGCUGUUGUACCAGUUUUCUUGAUCAUGCCAUUCAUUCAUUUAGGCCAUUUUGCCUCAUUGGCAAAAUUUUAACAUCAUUGCAUCAGCUAUGGCGGAGGUCUCUGUACCAUUCGGAUUGAAUCAUUCAUAUUCCUUAUUCUUGAAGUGUAGUAAGAAGCCAAUAAAGCAUAGUUUGCCUAGGAGGUGGCUUGUAUCAUUCUGGUCAUAUCAUUUAUAUUUCAUUUCAUUGAAGUGUAUAUCAGAUUAAUAAAGCUUUGUUUCCCACCUUAUAAAUCAAGGAAUUGCAGAGAUUGUCUUCGACGAAGUA